AUGGCAGAUAAAAUCAUGCAAAACAUGUUAAUGCAACUAAAAUAUCAUAGCAGAUAUGUUAAGAUGGAAGAAGAAAAAGAAGUAGAUGAAGAAAUAUUGGGCCUAACAUGGCAUGUUUUGCUUGAAGAAGUGAAAAAACUAAUAUUUAUAGCAGGGCCUAUGCUGGCUGUUGUUUUAUCACAGUAUCUUCUGCAAGUUAGUUCGUUGAUGAUGGUGGGUCACCUCGGCGAACUCGCUCUUUCUAGCACUGCCAUCGCCACUUCUCUUUCCGGUGUCACUGGUUUUAGUUUUCUUUUAGGGAUGGCAAGUGGAUUAGAAACUCUAUGCGGGCAAGCUUACGGAGCUAAACAAUAUCACAAACUCGGAAUUCAAACUCAAACUGCAAUCUUCUGUUUAAUCUUAGUUUGCAUUCCUCUUUCUAUUAUAUGGAUAUUCAUGGGAAACAUUCUUGUUUUCAUCGGCCAAAACCCCACAAUUUCACAUGAAGCUGGUAAAUACAUAAUCUGUCUUGUUCCGUCACUCUUCGCUCACGCUGUCCUUCAGCCGCUAGUUCGGUACUUUCAAACACAGAGCUUGAUCACUCCCAUGCUUCUAAUUUCUUGUGGAACUCUUUGUUUUCAUAUACCUCUGUGUUGGGCUUUAGUGUUCAAGUCAGGACUCGAAAAUCUUGGAGCAGCGAUUGCGAUUUGUAUUUCAAACUGGUUGAAUGUGAUUGUUCUUGGACUCUACAUGAAAUACUCGUCUGCUUGUGCUAAAACUCGGGCUCCCAUUUCGUUGGAGUUAUUCGGUGGGAUUCGAGAAUUCUUCCGAUUUGCCAUUCCUUCUGCAGUCAUGAUAUGCCUAGAGUGGUGGUCAUUUGAGCUGAUAAUAUUGCUGUCAGGACUCUUACCAAAUCCAGAGCUUGAAACUUCUGUUCUAUCCAUUUGCCUUCAGACUACUUCUACGCUGUAUACAAUACCAUAUGGAUUUGCCGUUGCAGUAAGCACAAGAGUUUCAAAUGAAUUAGGAGCAGGGAACUCGAAAGCAGCGCGUAUUGCUGUUUACGGUGUCAUGUUUCUUGCAAUUACGGAGACAAUGAUAGUCAGCAGUACCCUUUUCGCCAGCCGCCGAAUUUUCGGUUACCUUUUCAGCUACGAAAAACAAGUAGUGGAUUAUGUUACAGCCAUGUCUCCUCUGCUUUCUUUAUCUGUUAUAAUGGACAGCAUACAAGGGGUCCUUUCAGGAGUUGUGAGAGGAUGUGGAUGGCAGCAUAAAGGCGCUUAUAUAAACCUAGGGGCGUUUUAUCUGUGUGGGAUUCCAGUUGCUGCCAUUUUAGGGUUCUGGUUUAAAUAUAGAGGCAUGGGUCUCUGGCUUGGAGUACAAGUUGGAUGCUUUACACAAAUUGUUAUUCUAGCUUUAGUUACAAUUUGUGCAAAUUGGCAUAAACAGGCAAGUAAGGCAAGGGAAAGGUUUUUGGAAGGGAGUUGUUCGUUGGAAAAAGAGGAAAUGUGAAUUUGCGAUGGUGGGAGAAUUGCGAGAAAGUUUUUAAUUACUCCAUGCACCAGAAUAAAAAUACUCGUCAUUGUAAGAGAAAAAUGUCUUCAUAGAUUAUUAAUAGGCUUAAUACAUAAUUUGACCCCUGAACUUGUACCCUUUUACCCAUCUAACCUCUAAACUUAGCGUCUCACCUAUCGAACCUCCGAACUUGUUAAAUAAUCCGAUUUAACCCCUGAAUUUGAUAAAUACGUAAAUAUUGAACCCCUCCGUGCCACCUGUCACUUGAAACAUUCUAGAAGAAAUUUUGUACGGAGGGGUUCAAUGUUUACGUUUUUAUCAAGUUCAGGGGUCAAAUCGGAUUAUUUGACAAGUUCAGAGGUUCGAUAAAAGAGACGUUAUGUUUAAGGGUUAGAUGGGUAA